AUGGAGGAGAGUAAUAUAUGGAUAGAAGAGAGUAAUGUAUGGUUGGAGGAGAGAAAUGUAUGGCUGGAGGAGAGUAAUGUAUGGAUAGAAGAGAGUAAUGUAUGGAUGGAGGAGAAUAAUGUAUGGAUGGAGGAGAAUAAUGUAUGGCUGGAGGAGAGUAAUGUAUGGUUGGAGGAGAGAAAUGUAUGGCUGGAGGAGAGUAAUGUAUGGAUAGAAGAGAGUAAUGUAUGGAUGGAGGAGAAUAAUGUAUGGCUGGAGGAGAGUAAUGUAUGGCUGGAGGAGAGUAAUGUAUGGCUGGAAGAGAAUAAUGUAUGGCUGGAGGAGAGUAAUGUCUGGCUGGAGGAGAGUAAUAUAUGGAUAGAAGAGAGUAAUGUAUGGUUGGAGGAGAGAAAUGUAUGGCUGGAGGAGAGUAAUGUAUGGAUAGAAGAGAGUAAUGUAUGGAUGGAGGAGAAUAAUGUAUGGCUGGAGGAAAGUAAUGUAUGGCUGGAGGAGAGUAAUGUAUGGCUGGAAGAGAGUAACGUAUGGAUGGAGGAGAGUAAUAUAUGGAUGGAGGAAGAGGAGACUGCAUGGAUGUUAAAGUGCACUUUAGUCCUAGGAAUGCAUGUUCAUAUUGUUGUGGAGAAAUUGUGCCAAUGA